GGCGAAGCAUGCUCUGGGUGAUGCCAUCCAAUCACAUAUCCAGGUAGAUUGGUGGAAAUGCCCCGGGUCGGGCCUGCAUGCUUGACAUGCAGGGAGAAGUGUCGAAAGUGUGAUCGUGCACGUCCCAAUUGUCAGCGCUGCAUAUCAAAGGGUCUAGUAUGUGGAGGGUAUCCGGAGCAGUUCAGAUUUUGUGGUAUUGCUAGUCGAGGAAAAUGGAAAGGCGCCCGGAUACCGGUGAGCACUCAAAGACCUCGGAAUGCAGCGCACAGAGGAAAUAUAGAGCAACGCAUCCAUCAGCAGCAAACUCCAGGAACCAUGAAUGCGGCUCUGACGUCCGCGGAAGAAGCUCACCCGUCACCACGCACGGACAAACCCGAUACGGAUACGCAAGAGAUAUCCAACGACAUCGCGGAGAUACUUAGAUUGCCUGAAACCGAGACACUUCUCACUCAUUAUGACAAGUUUAUAUGCCCUCAUCAGAUCUCCGAGAUUGGUAAUGAGACCGACAACCCAUAUCGGUUAUAUAUCCUUCCUUUAGCCCGAAAGCAAAUUGGUUUACUAUACGCUGUGCUUGGCUUUUCAGCUUCACAUCUCGGGCAAUUGACGGGGAACCAAACGAUGCACGAAGCCACUGCGGUAGAAUAUCGCAUGAAAGCUAUACGGGCUCUCAGUGAAGAGAUCCGUAGGAGUCAAGCAUUAACUUUGCUGGAGGAUGAGCAAGAUGCCGUUCUUGCCAUAAUUCAGAUUUUAUUACUUCAUGAUAUAGCCGAAUCCGGAAUUUCGACUCAUGGGAUCCAUAUAACAGGGGCUAUGUCCGUCUGCAAGCGGCUAUUGAUUUCCGAGGGACUAAGCGGUCACCGUCAGCGGGCCGUGUUCUUUCUGGGCAACCUUGCCUGGCUUGAUAUUAUCCGCGCUUUUGCGGGUCCAGAACGCCUCUGCUUCUCUCAAGAUAUCCGAGAACUGGUUGCAUGUGCAAGUGAAAACACAUUCGAGAUGGUGAACGGAUGUCCUCGAGAAGUGUUCCUGAUUAUUGGUGGCAUUUUGGAAAAGUCCAAAGAGCACACAUUGGGGUGGCUUACAUGGGAUGAAUAUCAGAUAGCCAUGCUCGUGGCCAAGCACAAGCUAUACGCAUGGGAUAGCAAAGAGAAGAUAUACCCUAGUAGUGACCCUCGUUGGCUGGCUGUGGCGGAGGCCUUCCGGUUCGCAUGCAUACUACGCAUCCUUCGCUUACUAGACGAUCUUCGUCCGGCGAAAAGCCCGGACAUACAAGACUGUGUGGCUCGGAUCUUGGAUGCAACCGCAACCAUACCUUCGGACUGUCCACUGGUCGAGCUGCUCAUUUUACCUCUCUUCAUGGCAGGCGCAGACUCCCUUGCACCGCAUUCACAGUAUUACAUUCUAUCCCGAUUCAAAGAGAUUGAAAAGAGAUCUGAGGUUCGCAACCCAGUGCCUCGAGAUCUUUUAGAGAAGGUAUGGGCUGCUCGUGCUGCCCAAACACCCGAUGAUGAUAGAAAUAUCUCGUGGACAAGCUUUACUCAUUGUCCUGGAAUUGCACGACAACAUGACUAUCUUAUCAUUUAAAAACCUGAAUUGGUUGUUAUAUCCUGAGAUAAAUGAUUUCUAAUACAACGCUGCCAGACGCGAGAAGAUACUGGAAGCUUUUGAUGAUAAUACUCUCCGUACCUUAGUGUACAAGACAAGUGAAUGAAGAGAGAGAUCAAGAAA